AUCUAUGCUGAGCAGGAAGGUCACGGAUGUCUCAUUCUCUCAGCUAUAGAGUGCCCAACAAGAGCGCUGGUGCUUGCAAACUCGGCCUCCACAGCUCCCAUUUCUGUCGUCCGAUACAUGCAGGGAACACGGAUAAGCGCCCAUCGAGUCGUACUUGCUGCAAGUACAAGUUAUUUUGAAGCCAUGUUCACAAACGACAUGGCUGAAAGCCGCCUGAGAGAAAUAGAGAUAAAGGAUGUCAAAGCUUCAGCACUUGAAGCUCUCAUAGAUUUUUGCUACUCCGGUAAAAUAAAGAUCAACAGCACCAAUGUAUGGACUGUUUUGGCCACCGCUUGCUUGCUUCAGCUGAAUGAAGUUCAGGUUGGGAUUGCGAACGCUCGAAAUCCAUUCGCUUUCCUCGAGCAGUAUGUU